AGAAAGAGGAAAGGGCAGCGAAGGCCCCCCCGGGCGCCGGGCGGUGUUGACGUGUCCGUGAGGAGCGGCGGCGCUGGGCAGCGGCAUCAUGUCCAAGGUCACAUUUAAAGUGACGCUUACCUCGGACCCGCGGCUGCCCUAUAAAGUGUUAAGUGUUCCUGAAAGCACACCUUUCACAGCUGUCUUGAAGUUUGCUGCAGAAGAAUUUAAAGUUCCUGCAGCAACAAGUGCCAUUAUAACAAAUGAUGGUAUAGGAAUAAACCCUGCACAGACAGCGGGAAAUGUAUUUCUAAAGCAUGGCUCAGAUCUACGGAUUAUUCCCAGAGACCGAGUUGGGAAAUCUUAACCUCUGCUGAAAGCUUUGGAAUAAGUGACAUUGCCUUGCAGCAGAAGUCUAUUUAUUUUGGAACUCCAAUAUGCAACUAAUGAAUUGGCCUUUUCUAAAGCUAGCAAGAAUGACUUCCCAGGAUUUUAUUUUUUUGAAACAGACAUAAUGUUUCAUUUUCUUAUUAAAAUAUAUUCACUCAUGCACGGAUUCUCUUCUGAUUAGUAGAAGAGUAGGCUGGCCUUAUGUUACAUUCCUGAUAGAAAGGUGGACUUCUCCAUAGGUGUUACUAAUACUACAAGGGUAAAAACACAACCAUGACCAAUAGAUAUUAAAAAUAUUGGAUAUUUUAGUGCCUGCGUUGUAGAAGUGGGCACAGUGUUAUGAUUUUGCUACAAAGUCAUGUUGCUAGUGAGUACAAAAACUUUUUUUUUUUUUCUAAUCCUUUUAUUUUUUCCCUAAACUUCCACGUUUAGACUUCCAUGUUCAAUUAUUAAGCUUAAAUGAAAGGGAAAUUUCAGGGGCUUAUUACUCAAAUAAGCAAGUAACUUUCAAAGUAAUUGUGUGAUUUAAUUGCUGCAGAUAUUUCAGAUAAAGAGGGAGGCAAAGGUUUCUGUGUAUUAAAACGUCAUUUAAUGUAUUGUGAAGUUAAAUUAAAUGCAGUUUCAGACAACUCAUGAGACCUAAUCUUUUCACAUGAUGUGCCAUCAACUGAGAAGGGUCGUAGCAUAAUUUGAGAGGUUGUAGGUACUGGUUAAAUAGGUCAUUCCUUUGUCAGUAAAUUAAUAUUUGUGCUUUUAAAAAGUCUUGCUCUAUUACUGUGUGUUAACAUGGGAAACAGCACGGAAUUCACUGAAAAAUAUUCAGAUUAUAUGCUUCUUGUUUAUAUGCUGCCAGGGUCAAACUAUAAGUUGGUGUAUUUUCUAAUUAGAGAAAUUGCUGCUUUUCUUGAAUCUACAUUGGUGAUUUAAUAUUUUUUGGCAGAAUUGUACCCUGUUGCAUUUUGUCUGUCAUACUGAGUUUAACAGAAAGAACAAUAGGCUGUGUGUUUGGUUAAAUGAGUAUUGUCACAAAUACAACUCUCCUGUGUAUUAAUCGUGCUCUAGAAGGAUGUCCAGAUAAUGUUUCAGGCAGUGCAGAAAUACAAAAUGUGCUUUUCAUUGGUUGACAAUUGAACAUACAGAGGAAAGCUCUAAAAGUGGUAUUUGACUAUAAAUGUUGUCCAGUUCUAGAUGAACUGUAAAAUUCUGGAUUUUCUUUAAUAAACAGUUACAUGAAAAAA